AUGAGUGGCGGCCCAAAAAGUGGCGGCGGCAGUACAUAUGUCGGGAACUCAUUAGAUGGCUCCUCCAAAGGACACUUCGGAGACAACUACACAUACAUCCACGGUGAUCGCAAGCGUCGUCCACCACCAAUUAUCAACGGUGACAAAUGCUCCGCGAAAGACAUAGCGACAACCCUCCAUUAUCACUGUGCCAAGUGUGAGGAUGGUACCUACAACAUCUGUAUUCAAUGUUAUCGGAAUGGACGCGGUUGUCAUAACUGGAGGGACUUCCGUAAUGCAAGAAAACGCGAACUGCAGGAGCGUGAGGAACAAUAUCAGCUCAAGGCUGUCCAGAUGGAAUCAACCUCCAAACCGAGACCACCCAAAGUCGGGUCUCCACACACUCUCUCUGCGCGCAAGUAUAUACAGACCACUGAAGACGACUGUGUAGCAGGGUCCGAGGGCUGGCAACUGCAAGAUGGAGCGUUCUGCGAGUCUUGCCUGGAUUUCUGCGGCGAGAGCUACUGGAAUUGCAAGACUUGCUUCGGCGGAGGCUGGGGCUUCUGCGACAGAUGUGUACAGAAGGGAAGACACUGCAGUCAUGAGCUAUUCCCCAUUCAGCAGGAGAAAUAUUGCGAGAAGCCCAAGGAAGCUCCAUACGCAAAGCAGUCACCUCAUCUCGCGAGCGACAGGUACAUCCUUCUGCCGACCUGGCACUACUGCGACACCUGCCAAAACGAGAUUCUGCCAGGAGAGUCUCGUCUUCACUGCUAUGAGUGCUCAGACGGACACUUUGACAUGUUGGCUAUUGGUGUGUAUUGUGGCAACACCUGGCGAAGUCUGAGCUUUCAAGGCACUCACCUCCACGAACGCAUGUCCCUGCUCACUCUCAUCAUCCUCGGCGAAGGCGCAAUCGGCAUCGCCAAAUCCUGUCAAUACGUCACCUUCUCCGAAGGCACAUUCUCCUUCACAGGCUCCGUAGCAGGCGAGAUCUUCUGCGCAGUCAUCAACCUCCAUUUCCUCUACAUGCUCUACUUCGACUGGAUCCAAGAAGAAGAAUUCGGAAUCAUCCGCCAACAACUCUGCUCAGUCCUGCACUUCCCCCUCCACGUCGCUCUAGUCCUCGCCGUAGAAGGUGCCGCACAAUGCAUAACAUGGAACGCCGCCAUCCGUCGCGGCAACGUCCUAGUCCACCAAGUCGAGCACUGGGUCCCCAUCCUCAACCACACAGCCGGAGGCAAUCCCACCGCCACAGACUGGAAGAACGCCGCCAUCGACCUGAACACAACCGCCAACACCCUCUUUGACAUCGCCCUCGAACGCUCCUCAGGUACCCUCAGCAUCCUCCAAACCCUAGCCUACUCCGGCCAAAGCCAAAUCGCCGCCGUCCCCGCCAUCCUCAACGGCACAAACGCCCCGGAAACCGCAGGCAACGCCUUCUGGUGGCUCACGGGAGUUCUCUACCAAACCACCUUCAAAAUCGCCGGUUUCUAUCCCCCCGAAACCACCGACGAAAUCAAUCAAACCGUCACAUAUCUCGGCGAUUCCCUCGAUUUCACGAAAUUCGAUGAAGGAUAUUGGAUGGACCAAGCUUGUUGUGCUGAAUAG